GAUUCUCCUGGUCCAAAAAGUGUCCCUUGCCCAUGCAGUUCUAGAUCUGCCCUGACUAAACUCCCAUUGCUCCUCGCACAUGGUCUCUUCCGCCGCCGUCUGUCUCUCCCUCUGCGCAGCCCUUCACCACCAUGUCUAAUCCCAAAGUCGCCGCCGAUUUCGACGCAAUAAUUCAGGCUGACCGACAGCGCAAAAAGAAUGAAGCGCUGGCAAACGAGAUCUUUGGCAGAAGUAAAGCGAACAAGAACGCUCCCAGAAGCACAAGCAAAGGCUCUUUACGGACCCCUGACCUCGCGAGUCGCAUCACAAAGCGAUCUUCGUCUGUGACCAGUUCAGGCUCUUCCCGUAACCAUCUAUUCACUCCUCCGUCAAGGCCGUCCUCAACAAACCCUCAAAAUGCACGCUCGUCUCGCCUCGCCUCCGCGCUCGAGUCUCCCCAAGCCAACGUCAUAUCCCCCCAACCAAAACCAAGAGGCUCUGGUCUAAGCAUUAAAGGCAAGGCAGGCCCCUUCGUGGUGGAAGCCAGCAAUUUCGCCCCUGGUACGACGGCGGCCGAUAUCGAAUCUGCCCUACAAGCGGAAACGUUGGACGAGAGCGGUGUCAGCGGAAUGCUCUCGUGUCGCUUGGUCAAGACAAGUCCAGUUGUGGUGGCGGAGUUGGUGUUUACUGAAAGACAGAUCGCGGACCAGAUUAUAUCCACGUACAACAAUCAGAAAGCAGACGGACGUAUCUUGCGACUUUCCCUCAAGCGACCUGGUCCAGGCUCGACCUCUACACCGCAGUCCAAUCAAUCGAACCUCGAUCCGGCGCCUGAAGCGCUGAUACCAGAAACACAGACACAGCCUGGAGAUGAGAACACCAUGGAGGACGUGGAGAUGGAUACAGAGGGGGCGGCUUCCUACGACGAUCGACGUACCCGGGAACCCAGAAACGCCGACGCGGACGUCCAAGAUGGAAGCUACGGCUUUGAAGAACCGCUGCCUCCUGAUGCGCACGCACGCCACGCUGAGCGCAGGAGAGACGAGGAUCGACGAGACCGAGAGCGAAGCUACGAGCGCGACCGCGACCACGACCGCGACCACGACCGCGACCACGAACAGGACCGAGAACGAGAGAGAGAUCAUGAUCGUGAUCGCGACCGCGACCGCGAUCGAGACCGAGACCGAGACCGGGACAGGGACCGAGAUCGCUAUGACCGUCGCGAUGCUCGUCCUGCGGGACGCGGCUCCUAUCGUCGUGACGACAGACCCGACACCUACAACUCGCGGCCUUCGCACUACGGCAACGGGGUCGGCGGGGCUCCCGGGCCUGGCAGAGGGAUAUUUGGCGGUGGUGCACCGGGCCCUUUCCCGCGCGGCGGAGGUCGGAUGUACAGCGACGACGGGAUGCGCGGGGGUCGGCGAGGCGGCGGACCAGGCGGGUUUGGGCCUGGCGGCUAUCCGAGAAGAGGAGGGUACUAGUGAUGCCCUGUCCCUCUGUGUCUUGGAUGUCCUUAGCAGCUUGGAUCGAGCUGGGGACGGAGAGCGCAGCCGCAGCGACGUCGACGUGGGCGUGGACGCGGGCGUCGACGUCGACGUGGAUCGGCUCAGCCAUUGUGUGUGAUUUCCAUCCAGCAUACCGCCACAGUUGUCGUAUCGUCUCGACCACGUUUUCGAUGUACUUCUACGGCGAAAGGAGGAGAAAGAAAAUCAACCAGAGCUCUGAUCUGCGGAGGGCCAAACCAUGUAAGAGGGCAAGCAUCCCAAUCUACCAGCCCACAUGGGUAGUGGAGAGGACAAAAAUCCAAAAGAGAAGAAAAAACAAAUCAUGAAAAAGACCUUGUGAGCCCGUAACUCCGUAUCUGUUUCCUGU